GUCAUCCUAUUAAUACAUUAGCAAAUUCUAAAUCUGGGAACCUUAGUAUUCAAAAAUAGUUACAUGAAAAAGACAACGUUGUGCAAAUUUAGACAAGAUGGACACAGCUUUUCUCGGUGUCUUUUCGCUGGCAUUUCUUUCAAGUUCAUACGCACUAACAGACAUAGGACUUCAUCAUGUGUCUCUUCACAGAAAUGCAGAAAAUUAUAUGUACGACAAACACUACCGUGAGCAAUUUCAACCACGCAUAGAAAGAACUUGUGCGAGCCGAAGAGGCUGCAGCAGAGGAAUCCUGAAUCCUCGUGACUCAUGCGCAUACAUCAUACCACGUGUCGAAUGGCGGGCACGGGACACGCGCCAUGCUAAUUACAUAGCAAAUCCAGUCAGCAUUGUGUUUAUACACCAUACAGUCAUGGAAAGAUGUGACUCACACAGCCAGUGUAUGCAGGCGAUGCACAAAGUCCAGGAGUUUCACAUGGAUGUUAAAGGUUGGGAUGACAUCGGAUAUUCAUUUGUUGUUGGAGAAGACGGAAGAGCUUAUGAAGCCAGAGGUUAUGACCGAGUUGGAGCCCACACCCUGGACUGGAACAAUGUUUCAAUAUCUAUUGCGGUUAUGGGAAACUUCACAGAAUAUUUACCGAAUGGUCCAGCUCUUGAAGCCAUUAAUAAUGUCAUUGAGUGUGGAAUACAGUUAGGAAAAGUCAUGCCAGAUUAUAAAUUGUACGGACAUUGUGAUGCCAGGCCAAUGUUUGAAAGUCCUGGCAAAAUGCUCUAUCCGCUGAUUAAAACAUGGCCACAUUAUGAAUACAGAAUUCCUGUUGAAAAACUGCAACUUAAAGACUAUUUAAAAACUUCUGCAUGAAUCUUUCGUAAAAAGACGUAAAGUUAAGAGGAUUUAGGUUUUCUGCAAGAUGUUGGGAGAAUAUGCUACAGAAAAGUUCACCUUUCUAUCUAAACACGUUCAAAGGCAGCACUUUUCAAACUUUGAGUGCUUCUAAAUCAAAUUCCCAUCAUUUAGAAAGAUACUAGUAUUUAAUGAAUUCCUUUUAUGUUGCCAUAUCUUUUGUCCCAUCUAUUUUCGUUUCUUUUUUUCCUUUUCAUUUAUAUUUGAUAUGUUUCUGCAAAAGUUCAUGUUGUUUCUUUUUAGUGUUGCUAAAGUUUUUGCUUAAAGAGCUGUUAACUUAUCACCUUGUUUUAGUUAUGGAAUAUUAUAACGAUCUCUUGUAAAUCUUAUGCCAAAUGACAUUAUAACAAUUGUUAGAAUGUGUUUUCCCCUUUAAUAUAAUGACAUAUAUUGACAGUCUUAACCCUUAUCAUGCUGGACACGAAAAUCUUGCGAUCAGUGUAGAUCAUGGACAGCUUGCACAUCCGUGUGGUACUGUCCAAACUGAAAGAAGCCGGGUAAGGGUUAAUAUAAUGACAUAUAUUGGCAGUCUUAAUUACCAUCUUCCAUAUAAGAGGACAAUGAUGAUUAUAUUGCUGUUUAACAAACUAUCAUUUAAUUACCUUGAAUCAUUUUAAAUAUUUGUCUGUCAUUACAUUAACCUCCUUGUAAUUAGCCUUUUCGCUUGUGGUCUUUAUUAGCAUUGCCAUCUCUUCUUAAAAUAUAUUGUAAAUAAUUGAGCAACAUCAUGAGAAAACCAACAUAGUGCAUUUGCAACAAGCAUAGAUCCAGACCAGCCUGCGCAUCUGCACAGUCUGGUCAGGAUCCAUACUGUUUACUUUCAAAGCCUAUUGCAAUGAGAGAAACCAUAAGCGAUCAGCAUGGAUCCAGACCAGACUGCCCGGAUGCGCAGGCUGGUCUGGAUCCAUGCUGGUCGCAAAUGCACUAUGUUGGUUUUCUCAUGGCACGGUUCAUAUGUUUUAUUUCUUGUAUCAUCUGCUCAUAGUAUUUAGCAGCAGUUUGGUUUAAAAAAAAUGUUUGCAUUUAUGAUCAUGUACUUAACACAGAGUGGGUUGCCGUCAAAACUUUUGAAUACUGAUGGACAGCCGUUCAGUAAGAAUUUAGUACAUGACAUGAGAAAUAAACUUUCAUAUAAUUGUGUUGUAGACCAGCAAACAUGAUAUAAACAACAGAAUAAUUAUAAAGAAACAGACUGUUUGUGUGUGCACAUGCGUGAUUGUGAAAGGAAGGAGAUAUAAGCAUGUUUCUGAUACCUAUAUUGUAACAUAUUUUUGUAUACAUUGUAUUCUAAUGAUAUUAAACAUGAAAUAACAAAACAUA